AUGAAGAUCAACAGCCUUCUCCUCGCAGCGUCUUCGCUGUUGAGCUCCACCGUAUGGGCUCUGCCCGGCGAUACUUCUCUUAAGGAGAGAGACGCCUCAAACCGCCUAGUUUUCGCUCAUUUCAUGGUUGGAGUUGUUGGCAACCGAAAGAGCGCAGCCGACUAUGACGAUGACAUGAAGAGAGCGAAAGCCCUGGGCAUUGAUGCCUUUGCGCUGAACGCUGGAAACGACGACUACACCAACGAUCAACUGAACUAUGCCUACGAGUCAGCUGCUAACAAUGACAUGAAAGUCUUCAUCUCCUUUGACUUCAAUUCCUGGGGCACAGACCAGGCCAGCGCAAUUGGCCAGAAGGUCGCCGACUAUGCCGGCAAGCCCGGCCAGCUUAUUGUCGACAACAAACCCUUCGUGUCCACUUUCGUCGGUGAUGGCUUGGACGUUGCAGCUUUACGCUCUGCUGCUGGUCAGGAGAUAUACUUUGCUCCUAACUUCCAGUCUUCUACCGAUGUCUCCAAUGUUGACGCCCUGUUCAACUGGAUGGCCUGGCCCAGCAACGGCAACAACAAGGCCCCUACGGAUGGCAACACAGUGACUGUCCCUGAUGGAGAUAACGCAUAUACCUCGGCUCUGGGUGGCAAGGACUACGUUGCUCCCGCGUCGCCUUGGUUCUUCACCCAUUUCGGUGCCGAAGUCAGUUACAGCAAGAACUUCGUCUUCCCUUCGGAUACCCUCUGGUACGAUCGCUGGAACCAGAUCUUGGAGCUGGGCCCUCGCUUUGUGGAAAUCAUUACUUGGAACGACUAUGGCGAGUCGCACUACAUCGGACCUCUCAGCUCGAUGCAUACUGACGAUGGUAACUCCAAAUGGGCCAACGAUAUGCCUCACGGCGGCUGGCUCGACCUGGCAAAGCCUUAUAUCGCCGCUUUCAAAGCCGGCGCCACCUCGGUUGGCGAGCAUAUCACCGACGACGAAUUGAUCUACUGGUAUCGUCCCAACCCCCGUGACACAGACUGCGAUGCCACCGACACCUGCAUGGCCGAUGCCAACAACGAUUCCGGAAACUACUUCAAGGGCCGUCCGAACGGCUGGGAAUCCAUGGAGGACUCCGUCUUCGUCGUCUCUCUCCUGACCUCCCCGGCCACCGUGCAAGUCACUUCCGGCGGAAACACCAAGUCCUUCGAGGCCCCUGCCGGUGCUGCCUCUUUCAAGGUGGACAUGGGCGUGGGCAAGCAGCAGUUCUCUGUUGUGCGUGACGGCAACGAGGUUCUGUCGGGAACGAGCCAGAAGGAUAUCAUUGACGGGUGUGUCUGCGGCCUGUAUAACUUCAAUGCUUUUGUUGGCACUCUUCCUGCCGGUGACGCCGACGCCCUUCAGCCUGAGGCUUUGGCUUCGUUCACCGACGGCCUGAAGGUUGAUACUUGCCAGGCUACUCCCUCUCUUGGUGCUUCUGCGCCCGCGGCUACGGCUUAG